GCCCGAAAAGCCGGGGAUGGGCGUUUGCGAGGGAGGGAGAGGGGCGCUGCAGUUGCAGCGUGAGCCGGCUCCACUGGCCCGGAUCGCUGCGGGGAGGUGAUCGCCGCCCUGCAGCGGAUGGCCGGCGGCUCCUGACUGCCCAUGGGGAGGAUGGAGACGCAAGACCCGUCGGGAUGGCUGACUCACCGGGAACGGGGUUGCUGAGGCUUUGCUAAGGGACGGCUGCCCGCCAAUGGGCCGACUUAAAGCCUUUCUCUCUGCUUGUGGGGAGCAGGGAAACCGCUGAGGACCCCGAGGUACCAUGGAGACAGGACAGCCCUCUCUGCCCUGGGGGAUUUCGCCUCUUUAAACGAGGGGCCCGGCUCUGGUGAGAUCAGCAGGAUCCAGCGCUGCGCCUUCGGUGCCAGGAUGUAUGGAUUUAUAAACACAUGCCUGAAGGUUUUGGUGGUUGAAAAAUAUGGUGAAGAAACAUGGGAAAAAUUAAGAAUCCAGGCAGGAGUUCAGGACACAUUUCUGACUUUUGAAGUUUACAAAGAUGAGAUCACAAUGCAGCUAAUUGACAAAGCCUGCAAAAUGUUAGAUGCCCCCCCGAUAUGGUUCUGAAGCAGUUUGGGGAGUUUUUCUUUGAAUUUUGCAAACAGUCAGGCUAUGACCAUAUGCUGAGAACUUUGGGUGGAAAUCUCUACGAGUUCAUUGAGAACUUGGAUGCAUUACAUAGCUACUUGUCUCUUUCUUAUCAGGAGAUGAAUGCACCUUCUUUUAGGGUAGAAAAGAAUGAAGAUGGGUCAAUGCAUUUGCAUUACUACUCAGAUAGAAGAGGUCUCUGCCAUAUUGUUCCAGGAAUCAUUGGUGCAGCAGCCCUGGAUUUUUUCAACACUGAAAUUUCAAUGGAAAUAGUCAAUCAAACAGAGGAGGAAGAAAGAACUGGGAAAAAAGAGCAUAUAGUUUUCCUUGUCACUCAAAAACCUGUAUUUUCAUACAAAAAGAGAAAUAAAUUCUAUUCCUCACCACAAUACAUUGCUGACCCUGGAAGGCAAAUUGAGAAACAACUGAAUAAAGAGGAUAUUGAAAAAAACAUGAAUAAGAUUAGAGACGGAACAAGCCUUGUUUCUAUUUGUCCUGCCAAGAAAAAUCACUGGGAAACAAUCAGAGGAAUCGUUACACUAGGAAGAGGUAAACUUCUGAGAGGAUUUGAUCCUGCUUAUCCUACAACCCUCUGGAUAGAUACAAAAACAUUUUGCAAUGGACUUCCUUUCCAUAUUGUUUUUGAUGAAGAGCUCAGAGUAAAGCAAUCUGGGGUGAGCAUUCAAAAGAUUGUCCCUGGCCUUCAGACCAUGGGAAUUCGCCUGGAUCAUUACUUCAGUAUUGUGCACCCAGAAGUGACAUUCACCAUCUCUAGCGUUCAGAAGUUUAUCAACAGUCAAUUUGUUUUCCGGACUAAGAGAGAGAUGAUGCCAGAGUCAUGGAAACAACGUCCAAUGCUAGAGCUGAGAGGCCAGAUGAUCUGGAUGGAGUAUCUGCAGUGCAUGCUCUAUCUCUGCUCACCUUUACUACGCACUUUGCAUGAGUUGGAAGAGAGACAGAUGCACAUUGCAGACAUAGCACCUCAUGACGUUACCAGGGAUUUGAUUCUUCUCAACCAGCAAAGGCUGGCUGAGAUGGAGCUCUCCAACCAGCUGGAGAGGAAGAAAGAAGAAUUGCGGAUACUCUCAAAGCACCUGGAGGAAGAGAAGAAAAAGACCGAAGCUCUGCUCUAUGCCAUGCUUCCAAAGCACGUGGCCAACCAGCUAAAAGAGGGAAAACGAGUUGAGGCAGGAGAGUUUAAAGAAUGCACCAUAUCGUUCAGUGAUGUUGUGACCUUUACCAACAUUUGUGCCCAGUGUGAGCCUAUUCAGAUAGUCCUCAUGUUAAAUUCAAUGUAUCUACGAUUUGACAGACUAACCACAGUGCAUGAUGUCUACAAGGUGGAGACAAUAGGCGAUGCCUACAUGGUGGUAGGAGGUGUCCCAGUGCCUGUAUCUACUCAUGCUGAGCGAGUUGCCAACUUUGCCCUGGGAAUAAUCAUAGCAGCCAAAGAAGUGAAGAAUCCGGUUUCUGGAAAUCCUAUCCAAAUUAGAGUUGGGAUCCACACAGGUCCUGUCCUGGCUGGAGUAGUUGGAGAAAAGAUGCCUCGUUAUUGCUUGUUUGGAGACACCGUGAAUAUAGCUUCCCGGAUGGAGAGUCAUGGGAUUCCAAGUAAAAUUCACCUUAGCCCCACUACCUAUUACUGCCUAAAGGACAAAAAUUUUGAGGUGACCGAAAGAGGAGAGAUUGAAGUGAAGGGCAAAGGGAAAAUGCAUACAUAUUUCCUAAUUAGAAACAGGACUGCAACUGAGAAUGAGAUCAUGGGAAACCCAAUGAAGGAAUCAGAUUCUGACCAUGAAUCUAUUCAGUCCUUUCAUGAGUCCAGGAUUAAAAUGAUACAAAGUUCAUGUCAGCAAGCUAUGCAGCUCAAUUCAGACCAGUAACAGCCUCCAACCAUAGCAAUAACAUACAUUGAUGGUCUUACAGAAACACAAGCCAGUUACAAAGGAAGAAGUCAAGAAAGAAUUAUGGAUUUAACAGGCAAAACACAUGACUUUGAAAGCUACGGAUGUCUCCAUGGUGACCAGCAGCCAGGCAGUGAUCCUUAUCUACCCAACCAGGAAAGAAUCAAAUCAGCACCUGAAGAACCACAGAACAGAAAUGUCAGAUCCAAUUUUUGCAAUUUAAUUUAAACUGCUGACUUUUAAAGUUAAACAGGGUGCAUCUGAGGCAAAUGUUCAGAUCUCUUUUAAAUACCAAAGAAGAAUGUGAGACUUCUGUAAGGAAUCUUUCCUCUGAAGAAGACCCAAAAGGAAGUAGUGUUAUUUCACCAAGUUAAAUGUUUCUGUUAAUAUGUAAUAAAGUAAUAUGAUUUGCCUGGCCAUAUGCCCUAGAACAUUAACAUUUUAGACGCUACACCUGAGCACUAUGGGACAGUCAGAAUUGAACUCUGUUUUAUUACUGGUAUGUUUUUAAGCAGGACCCCCCUGCUCUCUGAGAACUGUGUAUUGUUUUAGUGAUGGCCCCACCUGCUAUAGGUUACAGACCUAAGUUUUGUUAUUGUGAAACUGGGCAAUCUUUGGUAGUGGGUUGUUCCUUAGAUCUAUGACAUCUGCAUUCCAGGCUACAUCUUACUAAACCCCUUCUCACUCUGGAUACUCUGGAGCCCUUUACUUUCCACACUGAGUAUGGACAAACUGUGCUCAUGUAUUUAUAUACAACUCUCUCAAGAGACAUAGGGCCUGACUCUUUCCUCAUUCACACUGACUCUCACUGACACUUAAUCUGAGGGACUGGCAGUGAAAUCAGUGGUGUCUUGUUGGUAUAAGAGGACAACCUGCCCUGAAAGCAUUUAUCUGCCCUACUAGGCGUAUAGAUUUAAUUAGUCUUUCUCAAAGAGUCACAUAUGGUGGAACAGUGUUCUGUGUUCUUGCUAAUUAUCCCAGUUUGGACAAGACAGCUGUAAGAUUUGCUAACUGUUCUGGGUCCCCAGGGGUCCUGGGCAUUGGGAGUGAAACUCCUUUUGCUUGCAAUGUUCCACUCUGACCACUAGAAACAAGGGAUCCUAAGGCUGUGGCAGUCAGCAUCUGCCUCUCUUGUUGUUCCUCAGCUGUCUUGACAGCUCCCCUUCCUCCAGUGCCUCACUGGAGAAAGAAGAGGAUGCACUCUCCCCAAUCCCUGUAACAUCAGGGCCUAGACAGCUGGAACACUGUCAGGUUCCCCUGGCAUAGGAAAGGAGGCCAUAGAGGGACAGAAGAGGAAUGAGAGAUCCCACAGGCAGCUAUCCCAGAAGGAGAAGGGGCAGAUCCUCCAGCAAGGAGUGGAGAGAAGGCAGGGCAGCUUAACAGGAAGAGCAAGAGAGAGUGGGUUGGCAGGGGAGAGAGAAAGAGAACCCAGCACAGCUGGCAGAGAAGGAAGUGGGAAGACAUCACAGAUGCCCGAGAAAGAGAGAGAAGAACGAAAGGGGGUGGAGGAAGAGAUAUCCCAAAAGAGAUGAGAGUUAGGGGAGCAGGCUACCUUGCUCUUCCUGGUGGAGCUCCACCAAAAAGAUGCCUUCAUGCUGUGUAGCCCUUUAAAAAUCUUUUUUUCAGGUAACCAGCUAUCAGUCAUCUCCUUGCUAGGAGGUGUGAGGAUGCAAGGCUCCGCGCUGGGCAGAGUACGGGGCUCCACUCUGGAAGGGAAUUAGCACUUGAAUGGCUGAAUAAUAUCAUUUGCCCCUUCUCCAGUUUAGAAGUUCACACAACUGCAUCACCCAUGAAGACCCCUUUAGACCAGCAGUCAGUAAGGCGAAUUUGAUUUAUACUAGGUCAUUUUCCACUGAAAACACUGUGAAUGUUUAAGAUGUGAAAUAUUUUAAAUGCCAGUAAUUAGUCCAAUUCUGAGUGGUGGGGCUCAGUUUACAGAUACUUCCCUGCCCGGGCUGAAGUCCUUGGGGCAGCGGGGCUGGACUCAGGCUUCAGUCCCCCUUUUUGGGGUCAUGUAGUAAUUUUUGUUGUCGGAAGGGCAUCGCAAUGCUAUGAAGUUUGAGAACCGCUGAUUUAUUCUGUUAAGUUUUAUUUCAUGCUGUGUGUGUUUGUGUGUAUUUUAAAUGUACGUGGGUAAUGGCUUCAGUAUGUACUCUCUUAUACAAAGUCCUUCUAAUGUCUCCCAUCCGGAGAUCCAUCCAAGACAUCCUAUGGGCACCUGUUUUUUAAAAAUAAAUUAAAUAAAUUGCACAUCUUCAGUUGUUCUUAAAGCAACAGAUACCACUAAAGAUGUUGAAAUAAAGGGGACUAGACACACAACAUAAAUAGUUUGGGUUUUACUUCACUAUUCAUGAUUUUUUACAAACACUAUGGGAAGUUAGUGCAGGUUUGUGCUCCUAAAUCAACUAAGUGCUUUUGAAAUUCCCACCCAUAAUGUCUUACAAAAGAAUCAAAACUUCUUGCUAAAAAGAACCUGGGCUAAAAUUUUCAAAAGCAUCUAGCGGAGUUAGGCACUUUAGACAUUUUUUACCCAUACUGAACAAUGUAAUUUUAAGAACUGGGGAAAACAGUCCCAAACUCUCAAAACCUUCCCAUUGGUUCUGUUCCCCUCACCCCACUUUUCUAUCCACUUCUUACGAACAUUGAAGCAAUAAAAUUUUACUUGCAAAAAUAUUCAAGGAAAUUUAAUUUUUAGGUUGCAGCCAUACUAUUUAUUACUUCUACGGUGAUCAGAGCCCCAUUGUGCUAGGGAAUGAACAUACACCUAGCAUGAGACAGUCUCGGCUCCAGCGACCUUACAAUCUAAAUAGACAUGUCAGAAAAAGGGUGAGAGAAAAGAAAUCUGAUUGCCACUUUACAGAUAGGAAAUCAAGGCACAGAGAGAUUUUUAAAUUGUGAAAGGGAUUUGGAUGUCCAAUUCUCAUUAAGCCUGGGAUAUUCAAAGAAGUCUAAGGAUGUUAGAUCACAAGGAUACAAUUUUCAAAAAUAUCUAAGUGACAUAGGAGUCUAAAUCCCAGUUUCAAAAGCAACACAGACAGUGACUUUCAUAAACAAACAUUUUAAUUUAGAUUCCACAUUAAAAAAAUAUUUCUAAUUGAUUCGGGGGGGGAGGGGAAUCAGAAAACCAGUGAAACAUUUCAACUGAAACAAAAAUUUUAUUUUGUUUUUAAUUUAUUUGUGCAAAAUAAUUCCUAUUUUUCAACCAGCCUAACUGAGUUCUUUUAAAAGCCUCACCCUACAUUUUCAAGUAACUU